AGAGAUCUGGGGAAGAAAGCAUGGAACUUCUUAAAUUAAUUGGUCUUUUCAGACUUCCAGUGAAAACAUUCAAAGAUUCAAAAUGAUUCCAAAACAUUCAUAAUGUUCACAUAGUUUGAGCACUGCUAAACCAGAAAAUGAAAUGGAGCUUUGAAAACACUUUGUGGAUUCUUCUUUCAGUGGUGAUUAUGGGAAUAUUACUCACUGUAAAUCAUUUUUCUUACCAAAAUAUAAGGCCAAACUGUAUCUUUAGUUUGAUGUUAAUGUAACUGUAGAAUAAGAUUAAAAAUUGUAGUUUAAAAAAAAAAAUUCUAACUGGGAGAUUGUUUGGAAAGAGCAAGAAGAGUUGUGAUUGAGGUGAGCACUGUGCUGACAGGUUUGCUGAGGACUGCCCUUCCACUGCAAAAUGCAGUGUGCAUCAUUCAGACUCUGGAACCAGCUUCUAUCUGAUGAUGUUAUUUCUCUCUGAAAUAGCUAUAUGUUCUGGUUUGGUUUUAUGGUUUGUUUUUUUUUUUUUUGUACAACCAAACGUUGUAAUUACCCUGUGCAUUCAGAUUGUGUGUUCUAUACAAAGAUGUAUCUUCAGGGCAAGCAUAAAUUCUAGAGGUAAUGAUAAGAGCAAGCUGCAAGACGGUAUGUGCUUUGCAGAUAGUUCAUACUUUGCAGUUUACUUUUCCAACAUCAAAUUGUUGGGGUAGCUGGGCUGGUUUGUUAGAUCCAUGUUUCUCUGAAGCCAUGCUUUCUUAAAAACUGGCCUUAACAUAAAGAACUUAGUGCAGUGAAAGGUGUGCAGGGGCCUGCCACAGGAAGGCAGCCUGGACUCUAGCCCUGCAGAGGUGGCAGGUACAACAGCUGCUCUCCUGUCCCUCUCUGCCUCUCCAGAUUGCAAUUCCAAAAGCCAGGAAAAGUGAUUGGGUGAUUCCUGGAACAGGUUGUAUGAUGCAGCAGGUGUAUGGAUGUUGGUGGUGUUUGAAGAGCCUUGUACAGGUUCUUCUGCUGUUACUGUAUUUUUGUGUAUCUCGUUUCAGGAGCUAAUUGAAUUUUCUGGUUGUAUUGACUUAGCCUUACAUUUUAAAGGGAACCUUAAGCUUGAGUUCUCUGAAGUGCCCUUCUUUUGAAGCAUAUGGUACUGAAAUGUCUUGCCUGAAGCUCAUCUAACCUCUUUUUGCAGUGGUCCUAUGAACAGCAGUGUAUGGAAUGAAAAUGUUGAACUGGCAUUUCUAGAAAACAAACAUAACGUGUGCCAUACUUUGGGAAUAUUUGUUGGCCUCUCUCAAGGUUUCAUAAGUUGUGACAGUAAAUUCACUGUAUUCCAGUAGUCCUUGCAAGCUGUUCAUUUCAAAAAUAAAACAUAAAAUGCCAAGAAUCAAAGUUUCCAAGCAACCAAACCCAGCAAACAAAACUAUUGUACAUGAUAUUUACAUCUUUGUUGCCUGGGAAUGCUGUUGCUGCUCCACACCUCACUCCAAACACUUGCUAAAAGCACGCAAUGGUUCUUGCAGCUGCCUUGCUGUUUAGGAAAGAUCAAGUCACAGACAUGUAGAUCAGAGAACUGCGAUUCCUGAGUGGCUGAGGUAGCCAUGAGUAGUCAAGAGGUGAUUGUUCUGAGUGUGGGAGGUGUGAGAUUUGUAACCCGGGCUUCUACCUUGCAGCAGUUCCCUGAGUCCAGGCUGGCACGGAUGGUGAAUGAUGAUGACCGGGAAUUUAAACUGGUGAAUGGAGAGUUUUUUGUGGACAGAGAUGGAGCUUUGUUUAGUUAUAUCAUGGACUUCUUGAGGACUCUACAGGUGUCCUUACCAGCUGAUUUCUCAGACUAUCAGAGGUUGCAGAGAGAAGCAGAAUUCUAUGGACUCUACCCCCUGGCCGACAUCCUGAGCCAAGAACACUUGCUGAAGCCGAAGCCGGAGGUCUUGGAAGUGCAUUUUUCUCUCCAAGAAAUGCAGGCCUUUUUCCGGAUCUUUGGUUCCUGCAGUAGCACCAUUGAGGCACUGGCUGAGCAGAUCACUGUGUGUACAGGGCAGCAGUCAGGACAGGGCUGGAAUAGCCCUUUUCCUUCUCAGAAAACACUCAUUCCACUUCCUUUGGAAAGACCCUCUCAUCAUGAUAUGGUUUUUCAGUGUGGUACUGAGUAUUCUGCUGGAGACCAGUUUGUGGCCAGGUAUGUUUCCAUAAAGCCUGAUAAUAGAAAGCUGAUUAAUGGUACUAAUGUGCUAGGCCUGCUGCUUGACACUUUACUCAAAGAUGGAUUUCGCCUCAUAAGCACCAGGACAGUCACCAGUGAAGAGAAGGUUGAAUGCUACACUUUUGAAAGGAUGAAGAGGGCAGCAGGCCUUGCCAUCAUGGUGAACCAAACCCCAGGGAGCUCUGGGGUAGCACAGGCAAGGAGAAGCCAAGUGCGAAAAGGAAAAUAA